UUUUUUCAAUUAACAAAGUGAGCGAUCAACUAAUUCUUAAUCUCAAAUGAUUAAGAAAUAAUCAACGAAAUCAUCCGACAUUCAAUUUCAUCAAAACCCUAAAUAAAAUAAUUAGCCAACAAUCUUCUACUUAAAAAGACCCAAAGUAAACAAGAGAGAAUCAACAAAAUAAGAAAAAGAGAAAAGUUGAGGAUUAGGAGGCUUUUCCAAUCUUCUACUUGAAACUGACCGAAGGCUUUUCCAAUUGCAUUGAUGUCUCUUGGCUGUCAAAUCGAGCUGAUGCUAAAAACAAGAUUAGGAAGCGCUUUUAUUUGAUCUAAAAAUUUCGCAUGACCAACUAACCUCUAGUUUUUACGCCAGAAAAAAGCAUGCAAGUGACAAGCCCGCAACGGUUGUCUUCCUAAAUAUUAAAAGCAAUAAUUGAGUCAUUUUGGGUAUUCUUUUUUACAUUCAAACCACUCAAAGGCAUUAAAAAUGAAAAAUAAGUGAUACUAAAACACAUAAAUAUGCCAAAUAUCAGCAUUGAUGAUAAUGGUAUUAAGAAUUUGUCAGUUACCCAGAAUUCUUCUUCCUUAUAAUCUGUCAUUUCCUAGAAGUUGUAGCACAAAACACGGGUUUUGUACAAGUUUUUCCACUAGAGCCAAAACAAAUGGAGCAUUUUGCACCAAGGCUACUUUAUCUGAAUUGGGUAACAAGAAAGUAUACUCAAAGAUUGGUGCUGACUCAACUGGAAGUAUUCCCUCCAGUGAGCUACUUCAAGUUGUUGAAGUUGCUGCCAAAACUGGUGCUCAGGUUGUAAUGGAUGCUGUGAAUAAGCCUCGAAAUGUUACCUAUAAAGGGCUCACUGACCUAGUGACUGAUGUUGUUUCUCAGUUUCUGGUGUCAAGACUGACCCUCGUGCGAUUCUCAGUAAUUAGUGAUUCUACUUCUAUCAUUAUCACUAUGUCUAGUUUUGUCACGAAGAAUAUUUUCCUUUAUUUUUAUUUAUUAUGCUUUCAUUGAAAUGAUUUAAUUCUUCACUAGUUCGAGAGAACAAAAGGCCUGAGGUCACGGGUUCGAGGCGCUGCAGCGUGUUAUCUCGAAUUAUCGUGCCUCACUGCUACAAUACCUGAGUAUGUCAUGACUGGUCAGCAGGGCGCAGAUGCCACAGCAGUCAUUCAUGGGGUCAGAUACCCAGAGGUUCACAGCAUGGUCAGCGCCCAGCUGUGGGUCCUCACAGUACUUCACCAAAGAAAAGGAAAAACAGCAGAACUUACCAUUGUGUAUGUGUGUGUGUGUUUUAUUUUUGGUCGAUAAGUAGAACUAACCAUUGUAAAAUAAACAAGUAAUGCAGUGGGGCAAAGUGUGCAGGAGAGUUAAGGUCCUAUAACAGGAGUGCCUUUGUUUGUUAGAAUGAAACCUUAGUAGCAAUAUAUAAAACUUGUCUCAUUUCUAAGUUCGCGUAUGAUCCCGUUGGAUGCAAAUUCUUCAAGAUCAGUGAGUUGGUUUAUGAAUCGAAGAAGUGAAUGGUUCUCAUCUUUUUAACUUGAAGUAUCAGAUGUUGGUAAAGUCUCUACUAAUGAAAUACCUCCAGGACAUCCACUGGUGAAAAGUGAGACAGAUUAAAUGUUGUACUUUUCAAAUUUCUCUAAGUGGUUACUGCUAGUUAACUUAACUAUUGACAGGUUGUAUUCGAGUCUUUAUUU